GACGACUCUCAAGUCUGUCUAAUCUUAUCAUGGAUGGCCUACGGUGAAGUACAACCUGAAAGCUGUUCAUACACAAAAUGUAAAGCUUUAGUAUUUAAUCAAAAAACGUGCUUGGAUAAAUAUGCAACGCUUUGAGAGCAGACGAUUGGGCUCGGAGCAGGCUAUAUAUGUUUUCGACUUAUAAGCACUUUCUUCAGUGUUCGCUGGAGUUCAGAAGGAGAGGUCUUUCAGGAUCGCACGAAAAUUCGAGUUUUGGACUGUUUGUGCGCCACAAUACCACUUUGCAAAGCUUAAAGAGCUUUGAUAAAGACACGCGGUGGCAUAACUGACUAUUAAUUAAGAGGAUUUGUUUUUUAUACGCACAAAUGUACCAUCCAUAAAUUGGUCAUGUUUAGAGAGCACAUCGGAUGCUAGCAGACAUCCAUUAACAAGCAUUAAAGAGGAACAAAGAGCAGGUCAUCUUUUAACAGACAGAAUCUCGGAAAAUCGAAAGAACCAAACCGUCUUCAUCAGCUAGAGCUACUACAAGUGAGAAACAAGCGACUUUUAAGUGAAGAGAAUGCAAGAUACCCCAGAUUCCCCUGGGAAUACUACGGGGACAACAGUCCAGAAAGUGUUUACCUACAACGGCUUUCCCAUUCCUUUUGUGAUUUUUAUGAUAUUUGCGCUCGCAAUAACGCUUCUGUUAGCACUUGUUGGCAACUUGCUCAUAAUUCUCGCUAUUUGGAAAAAUGUCAGUGGCAAAAUGAGGUCCACCAGAAACCUUCUUAUUCUAAAUAUGGCGAUUUCCGACUUACUCUCCUCGGUUUUCAACAUCCCUGAUCAGAUUCGCUGGCUCAUACUUGGCUAUCAAGUUCUCGUUGAUGGGAGAGUUGGUGUGAUUAUAUGCCUUUUGAAAGACUUCAUCAACACGAUUGCCAUCGAUGUCUCCUUGUUUUCGCUCGCUUUCAUAACCAUUGAUCGAUAUUUCGGAGUGUUUUUCCCGAUGAGGAAGUACUUUACUAGAACUCUCAUAUUGACCAUUAUUGCUCUCUCGUGGUUAAUACCUACGGUUUUCUACACUCCCAAAUUCGCCAUCUUCAAUAUUGUAUCUGAUGCUGAAGGACAACGACUAUGUGUGAUGAACGUCGUUAGUGUUUUCAAAGACGUUCCACAAUAUCUACACUACAUGUUAGCACACUUUGCUAUAGUUCAAGUUCUACCUGUCGUUCUAAUGAUGGUAUUGUAUCCAAGUAUUGCAUGGAAGUUAUGGAGCAGAAAAAUCCCGGGAAUAACGCAUGAACGAACUCGAUCAAGAACGAUUGCAAACAACAAGAAAAUCACUAUGAUGUUUGCAAUUAUUAUUCUCUCGUCUAUUUUUUGCUACACGCCGUUGUAUGUGUCAUUUUACGAUUGUAUCUACGGCCGACCAAUCGCUAUUUGCGAAUGGAAAUAUUUUAACUACUACACAUCGAUCGCCGCAUUGCUAUUCUUUAUUCCUUUGUGCAUAAAUUGCUUUAUUUAUGCCAAGUUUUGUGAGAGUUUCAAGCGAGCAUUUAAGGACAUAGUCAAGAGUUUCGGUAGUGGACCAUUUUGCUGUGAGAAGCGGCUUUUUCGUUCGAAAUCAGCCUACGAGAUGUCCGAGUUAAGAAAUAUCUCGGUAAGACGCCGAAGACUUGACGAGGAUUUGCCGAGAACCGAAGGAACAAUCGGAUCAUACCGACUGAAUUGCGGAUUUAACCCCGAGGGAACGUAGAGGUGGAAAUCUCUUUCCAGAUUUCGUGGAAGCAAAUGUCCGAUAUCGAAGACUCAACGAUUAUUCAAAGGAAUAAUCUGGUCAUAUAGGCUGAAUCGCAAAAAAAAAAAUCACUCUAAGGAGCGUGGAAGUGGACAUAGCAAAAGUGUUUCAGAUUUCUGGAAAAUUCUGGUACAUUGCAAUGAAUGUGACUUGAUAGUAUAGUGAUUAUAGAGAUAAUAGUGAUUUAGCACGUUCACAUAGACGCAGCAAAGACAUCGCAGUCUCGACAAGAAUGGGACAAGAACCGAAGGGACAGCACAUUUUUGCCUCAUUUCGGGGACACUUCGUUAUACGACGAAGAUUUGACGAAAUGAACUAUCAGGUCGACCGAGCGAGGAGACCGUCUUGGAGAAAUAUAGCGCUACGGAACUUGAGCAAAACUACCCACUACACAUGGACUAAGGAAAGAGGAGGGAGGGGUGGGGGUCCCAUAACCUUCAGAACCACGUGUAUCCGCACUCUAUCAUGGCAACCUUGUACUCAAGAAUCACGUGAUGGGGUGGUAGACUCGCACGCGCGUUUCGGCUUUUGGCGGCAAAAUCGCAAAAACAAAAAGCAACUUAUUAAACAAUAUCGAAUCAGCCAGAAAUGUCAGCAAGGGCUUGAUUUCUUUUUUUUAUAGAAACUUAAUAUUUAAAAAUGAAUUUGGACAGUUAUUGUAGGUUUCACGCAAAUAGAAUUUGGUACACGUGUAACACAGCUUUGUAGAAAUAACAAAAAUACUGCAUAAUAUAAAGGAACAAAAAGCCC